AUGGCGUGUAUAAGAGGAGCUCUUAUUGUGCUGGAGGGAGUCAACAAAGCCAAGAAAGUGACGCAGUGUGAGAAGCUAGUUCAGGCUCUGCAGCAGAGUGGUUUACCGGCGGAGAAGAUCCGAUUUCUUGAUAGGACAAUAACGAUAGGCCAGCUGAUCAGUGCCUACCUGGAGAAGAAGAUAGAUCUAGAGGACCAUACUGUGCAUCUGCUUUUUUCUGCAAACCACUGGGAACUGGUGCCUCUAAUGAAAGAGAAACUGGAGCAGGGAACCACUCUGGUUGUAGACUGGUACGCUUUCUCUGGAGUUGCUUUCACCAGUGCUAAGCCAGGCUUCAAUCUGGACUGGUGCAAGAACCCUGAUGUGGGACUUCAGAGACUGGACCUUGUCAUGUUUCUCCAGCUGAGUCCAGCUGAUACAAGUUGCUGUUGUAUCAAUAAAAGACCAGAUGUGUCUUUGGCAGAUAUAAUGUAG